AUGUCAACUCUCCAGAAUACCUCAUCUUCUUCCAUCAUUUUCCUGCUCACCGGUGUGCCUGAGUUGGAAGCCUACCACACCUGGAUCUCCAUCCCCUUCUGCUUUCUCUACACAACUGCCCUCUCAGGGAACAGCCUGAUUCUCUUCGCCAUUAUCACUCAGCCCAGCCUCCACGAGCCCAUGUAUUAUUUCCUCUCCAUGCUGUCCACCACUGACCUCGGACUGUCCGUAUCCACUCUGGCCACCAUGCUGGGAAUAUUCUGGUUCAAUGCCAGGGAGAUCAGCUUCAAUGCCUGCUUGUCACAGAUGUUCUUCAUUAAAUUCUUCACUGUCAUGGAGUCCUCAGUGCUGCUGGCCAUGGCUUUUGAUCGCUAUGUGGCCAUCUCCAACCCCCUUAGGUAUGCCUCUGUCUUAACUGAUUUUAGAAUAGCUCAAAUUGGGGUGGCAACUGUCAUCAGAGGAACAGUGAUGCUGACACCAAUGGUUGCACUUCUUAAGAGACUAACCUUCUGCAGCAGCCAUGUGCUCCGCCACUCCUACUGCUUCCACCCCGAUGUCAUGAAGCUCUCAUGCACAGACACCAGGGUCAACAGUGUAGUAGGACUGACUGCCAUGAUUUCUACUGUUGGUGUGGACUCUGUUCUCAUCCUCCUUUCCUAUGUCCUGAUCAUUAGAACUGUCCUCAGCAUUGCUUCUCCAGAAGAGAGGAAGAAAGCCUUCAGCACAUGUAUCUCCCAUAUUGGGGCCGUAGCUCUAUUCUAUAUUCCACUGAUCAGUUUGUCCUUUGUCCACAGAUUUGCAAAACGAGCCCCACCCUAUGUUCAUACCAUGAUUGCUAACACCUACCUGCUGAUCCCUCCUGUCAUGAACCCCAUCAUCUACAGUGUGAGGACCAAGCAGAUACGUAAAGCUUUGAUAAAAGUUCUCCAUUCUAAAGGAAUAUAG